AUGGACCAUACUUUGAAAAGACAAGUGAACGAUAUAAGUACUAAUAAUGAUUUGAACGACGAUGAAGAUGCCACUUGGGGAGGCAAAAGGACUAGAUAUAUAUACAACUAUACUUUGGAAAGUUCUGAUUUGAUUUUAAACACAUAUGAUUCAGAUGUCACGGAAAGUGUACACAGUGUUCAAUCAAAAACUACAAUGGAAGCAAUAAGCGAAGCAGAUCUUUCCUCAGAUAAGAGUUGUAGAAGCGACUGUGAGUGCAAUGGUCAAACCAAUCAUACAGAAUUUGAUGUGGUCAGCACUUCAUCGUCUUGCCAUAAUAUAGAAUCAAAUUCUUCAGAUUCCUCAAUAUUGAUAGAUUUUAAGGUCACCAAUAAUAUUAUAAAUUGUGAUGAUACUUUACCAGACAAUGGAUACAAUCCUGACGACACUGAUGGAAGAGUAACUACUUCAAAAACAGAUUUACCUCCUCCAGCCUGUUUUAAAACAUGUCUACAAUGCAGAAAGGAAAACCCCAAUCCCUACUUCCAAUACUGUUUUGUUUGUUUUCGAUAUAGAAUGGAAUUUUUCGGGAGUAAGCCUCGGUCCAAGACAAAAAAUGUCAAACGUUUAAACGUGUCAAAGCCAAAAAAAGAAUACAACUUACUUCAAGGUUCUCAGAAAUCCAGUCCAUCAAAUUGGGAACAGGGUGUUUCGACUCGUAUAGAAAAUAGUAGCACUCAGAUGAAUGAAAAUAUUAAAAGCAUAUGUAGCAUAUGUAACAUAAUGCCUAAAAAUGGUGCAUUUAACCAUGGAAAAAUUGCCCAUAUUUAUUGUUGCUACUCAUGUGCUAAAAAAUUGUUUAGAAAAUCAAAUAAAUGUCCCUUAUGUAAUUUAACAGUUAAAUUUGUGACAAAAAUAAUUGUUGUCGAGUAA